AUGCGUAUAGCAAUAGUUGGAGCAGGAAGCGCCGGAUUAGCAGCUGUCCGUCACGUCGUUCUUCUUCUCGCCACUGAAGACCCUAAAAGUCAAGGUAAAGUCACUGAAGUUGUUUGUUACGAGAAGACUAAUCAGGUUGGAGGUACCUGGGUUUAUACUCCAGAGAUCGGCGUUGAUCAUUAUGGACUGCCUAUUCAUUCCAGUAUGUACAAAAGUCUGCGGACUAAUUUACCAAAAGAAGUAAUGGGCUAUCCAGAUUUUCCAAUACCAGAAAACGAUAAGAGUUAUGUCACUCGAACUGAAAUUUUAGAUUUUCUUAAUAGUUACUGUGAUCACUUCAAAUUACGGUCUUACAUCAAAUUUCGUCACAAUGUUGAGUGUAUUGAACCUUCUGGAAAACCUGAAGAGAAUCAGGUACUGGGUUCAUCUACUAAAUGGACAGUGACAGUAAAAAAUUUGGAAACUAGCGUGGUAGCCAAAGAAAUUUUCGAUGCAGUUAUGGUCUGCAAUGGACAUUACUUUGAACCAAGCUUACCAAUUAUUGAAGGACAUGAUAAAUUCCAAGGUCAACAAUUACACAGUCAUGAUUACCGUGUACCUGAAACUUUUGCUAACAAAACAGUAGUCGUAGUUGGAGCUGGGCCUUCGGGGAUGGAUCUUGCUUUGGAGAUAUCGAGCAAGGCUAAACAAGUCAUUCUGAGUCAUCACAAUCGCGAUCCUAUUCACACUGUCUUUCCUGAAAAUGUUAUUCAGAAACCAGAUAUAAAAAAAAUUGAUGAGACAGGACUUACAUUUUCUAAUGGCGAACAUCAGAAUGUUGAUGUUAUAUUUUACUGUACAGGAUACAAGUACAGUUUUCCUUUUCUGGCGAAAAGUUGUGGAGUUAGAGUUGAUUCAAAUAUGGUAACACCAUUAUGGAAGCAUUUGUUAUCUGUUGAAAAUCCAACGUUGGCUCUUGUAGGCUUGCCAUUUUAUGUCUGUGCUUUCAGUAUGUUUGAUAUUCAGGUUCGAUUUGCCUUGAAGUUUUGGAUGAACGAAAAACAGCUGCCGAGUAAAGAAGCAAUGUUAGCUGAAGAAGCUGCCGAGUUGAAGAGAAAACUAGAUAAAGGUCUGGAGAAACGUCACUUUCAUAUGAUGGGUCCAGAACAAGGGGAUUACUACGAUGAUCUAACAAAAACUGUUGGAAUAACUCCUUUACCUCCAGUACUGACAAAACUACAUAAUGAGAGCAGUAUGCGCUUCCUUGAUGAUCUUGUUCAUUAUCGGGAAGAUCGUUAUAAAAUAGUUGACGAUUUUAAUUAUAUUCAAUUAUAAAAAUUUACUUAAAAAUUA